AUGGCAUUGGACAGAUUGGACUUGACGGUUGUCAUUGUGUUGGCAGUUGCAGUUGGUGCUUACUUUUUAAAGAACCAAUUCUUUUCUAAACCGGAAUCGAGCGGGUUCUUGCAUACAGAUGCUGCUGGAGGCAAUUCUCGUGAUAUUUUGGCCACAUUGGCGAAAAACAAUAAAAACACGUUACUUUUGUUUGGGUCACAAACCGGUACUGCCGAGGAUUACUGUAAUAAAAUGUCUCGUGAAUUGAGUGCUAGAUUUGGUUUAAAGACUAUGGUUGCUGAUUUUGCCGAUUAUGAUUGGGAUAAUUUUGGUGAUAUUAAGGAAGAAACUUUGGUGUUUUUCAUCAUGGCAACCUAUGGUGAAGGUGAGCCAACUGAUAAUGCCAUUGAGUUUGUUGACUUUUUGGAUAACGAGGCUGAUACCUUGAGUACCUUGAGGUAUACUGUUUUUGGUUUGGGUAAUUCAACCUAUGAGUUUUUCAAUGCUAUUGGUAGAAAGUUUGACCAAAAGUUGGAGGAGAAAGGUGCUGAGAGAUUUGCUGAGUACGGUGAGGGUGAUGAUGGUCAAGGUACUAUGGAUGAAGAUUUCCUUUCUUGGAAAGACGGUGUUUUUGAUUCCUUGAGGAAUAACUUGAAUCUUGAAGAAAAGGAAUUAAAGUAUGAACCAAGUUUGAAGUUGCAAGUUAGAGACGACUUAACCAUUGAUGAUCCUUCAGUGUCUUUGGGUGAGCCAGAUAAGUCUUAUGUUAAUACCAGCUCUACUACUGAUUUAUCUAAGGGCCCAUUCGAUCAUUCUCAUCCUUAUUUGGCUCCUGUAACUAAAGUCAAGGAAUUAUUUUUUACCAAGGAUAGGUCUUGUGUUCAUGUCGAAUUUGAUCUUUCUGAUUCUAACUUGAAAUACACCACCGGUGAUCAUUUAGCGGUUUGGCCAUCCAAUGCUAAUGAAAAUGUUGAGCUUUUUUUGAAAACAUUUGAUUUGACUGACCAACGUGAUGCUGUUUUUGACUUAAAGGCACUUGAUUCAACUUAUCAAAUUCCCUUCCCCACCCCAAUCACAUAUGAAGCAGUUAUUAGACAUCAUUUGGAAAUCAGCGGUCCUGUAUCAAGACAGUUUUUCCUUUCGAUUGCUGCAUUUGCUCCAGAUGAAGAGACCAAGACAAAAUUGACCUCUGUUGCUAACGACAAACAACAAUACGCAGAAGAGAUUACUCACAAGAAGUUUAAUAUUGCUGAUGGAUUGUUGUAUUUUUCCAAUGGUAAGCCAUGGACCAAGGUUCCCUUUGAGUUUUUGAUUGAAAAUGUGCAACAUUUAACUCCUCGUUAUUAUUCGAUUUCAUCUUCAUCAUUAAGCGAAAAGACAAAUAUUGAUAUCACUGCCGUCGUUGAAGCGGAAACUGAAACUGAUGGAAGAGUUGUUACUGGUGUUGUUACCAAUUUAUUGAAGAAUAUUGAAAUCAACAAAAACUCAUCAUCAGAUAAGCCAAUUGUCAGUUAUGACUUGAAGGGACCUCGAAAUAAGUUUCACAAUUUCAAACUACCAGUUCACGUUAGAAGAUCAACCUUUAAAUUGCCUACUAGUAGUAAGACGCCGAUAAUCUUGGUUGGACCGGGAACUGGAGUUGCACCAUUGAGAGGGUUUGUUAGAGAAAGAGCACAACAGUUGAAGAAUGGAGUCAAUGUUGGACCAUCAUUGUUAUUUUAUGGAUGCAGAAAUGAAGAUGAAGAUUAUUUAUACAAGGAUGAAUGGCCACAAUAUGCCAAAGAGUUGGGCGAAUCAUUUGAAUUAAUUACGGCAUUUUCAAGAGCCAAUCCUAACAAGAAGGUUUAUGUUCAAGAUAAGAUAUUGGAGCAAUCGGCCAAGAUUAAUCAAUUGUUGCAAGACGGGGCAAUAAUAUAUGUUUGUGGAGAUGCCAGUCAUAUGGCUAGAGAUGUGCAAGCAUCAUUGGCCAAAGUGUUGAGUCAAGAAAGAGGCAUUGAAUUGGAAAAGGCUGCUGAAUUGAUUAGAAGUUUGAAAGUGCAGAAUAGAUAUCAAGAAGAUGUGUGGUGA